GGAGUUCAGUCAGAAGUGGUUCAUCAAACUUCAGUCUGACUGAGAAUCAGGAAAGGCGCUGCAGAGCUUACAGGGACGGGUUUUCACGUCGUGUAAAGCUUAAUUUUUUAUAUCCUCAUUUUGCUGUCAUUACUCUGUAUUUAAUCGCUUUGGGCGGUUUCCACCGUUGUGACUUAGGACAGAAUGGCUCGAGUAGAAAGCGGAGGUUUGGGCGUCACACAGGUAAAGCCAUAUAAAAUGAAGGAGGAGGAGCAGAAUACUGUGCACACAGAAGAGAAUGGAUUCAAGGACGAUCUGGACCACAGCACCGAGAGUGGUCAGAUGGAUUUGAAGACAGCCUUAAAUGAAUGCUCAGUGGCCCUGAGUCUCUUUCUGAACAACAAGUUUUCUGAAGCUUUGGAUAUACUCAGACCGUGGAGAGAAGAGAGUGUGUAUCACGCUAUGGGAUACAGCAGCAUCUUGGUCAUGCAGGCAGGAAUGACCUUUGAUCCCAAGGACAUGCAGUCAGCCAUAGUGGCUCUGAAAGAUGCUCUCAACACAUGCCAAAAAAUGAGGAAAAGAAGGAGCACCGUUCUGGAGGCAAUUUCUUACAUGGUGUACAAACAUGAUCCCAAACAGUUGACUGAAGAGGAGAUGCAUGCUGAGCUGUGCUAUGCAGAGGUGAUGCUGCAGAGGGCAGCCCUCACCUUUGUAGAGGAUGAAAGUAUGAUUGGCUUCAUCAAAGCUGGACUCAAAAUGAGAACAAGUUACCUCAUGUUCAAAGAGUGUGAGACUAUGCUGGACCAGGUCAAAGACAAUGACACACACAUCCAUUUUGUUGGUGGUGUCAACAUGGGGAUUGGGUCCUUUAACUUGAUGCUGUCUCUGUUCCCUGCGAGGGUUCUCAGGCUCUUGGAAUUUGUUGGUUUCUCAGGAAACAGAGAGGUGGGUGUGAAUCACCUGCGCCACGGCGCUGCAACCAACAGCCUCCGCUCCAUCCUCAGCACCUUCACCCUUCUCAUGUUCAACAUCUACAUCACAGUUAUUUUAGGUAUUGGUGAGUGUAAUCUUGCUGAGGCAGAUGCUCUUCUUGAACCCUACGCUCAAAAGUUUCCCAAAGGUGCACUCAUGCUCUUCUACACUGCCCGGAUUGCAGUGCUUAAGGGAGACUUUGAGACAGCUCAGAGGAAGUUUCUGGAGUGCAUUGCGGUUCAGCAGGAGUGGCAUCAGAUCCACCAUCUGUGUUACUGGGAGCUGAUGUGGAUCCAUUCCUUCCAGCAGGACUGGCUGGAGGCCUACCGCUAUGCUGACCUUCUUUGUAAGGAAAGCAAAUGGUCUCAGGCUGUCUAUAUGUUCCAGAAGGCCUCCAUUCUUAGCAUGCUUACAGCAGAAGAAGUGAAGAAGACAGGCGAGGAUAUAGUGGAGCUGUUCAGGCAGGUGGAAAGUCUGAGGUUGCGGUUUGCAGGAAAGUCUGUGCCCACAGAGAAGUUUGCUGCACGGAAAGCCAGACGCUACAACUCGCCCAACCCAAUAAAGCUGGUUGUACCAGCACUGGAAAUGAUGUAUGUGUGGAACGGCUUCGCUAUUGUUGGUAAAAGGCCGGAGCUGACACAAAACAUUCUCCUCACCAUCGAGAAGGCUGAGGAGGACCUGAAAAAUGAUGCUGGUAACCCGUCAGUAUACCAUGCAGAUGACCAGAGUCUGGUGCAGAUGCUGAAAGGCCUCUGUCUGAGACAUCUGGGCCGCCUGGAGCAGGCGGAACACUGCUUCAACUACGUUAUCUCCAGUGAGAAGAGUAUCAAAUAUGACCACUAUCUGGUGCCGUUUACCAUGUGUGAACUUGGUCUCCUCUACAAGCAGCAGGGAGAUGUGGAAAAAGCCAUUAUGUACAUUGAAAAGGCCAAGCUGAAUUAUAAGAACUACUCUAUGGAGUCCAGGCUGCAUUUCCGAAUCCAUGCAGCACUGAGCAGUCUGGCUGAUGAGGAGAAAGUGGCACAAGAGCACAGCAUGACUGCUUAAGAUGACACCACAGAAGACUUAGAAUGCAUUUAAAGGAUCAAAACAUUGUUUGAUGAUCUUUUGGCCUUUGACUGCAUCAGGUCCACUUUUUGUUGUGUUAUGUGAAAGAAUACAAGAAUUGCCAGAGGUCGGUACUCAAAAUACUCCGCUAAACACUACAUGUUCUCCCUUUUCUUGCUUAACACAUGGUUCUGGAUGGAAAUGGCCUGUAUGCACUGUGGAUUUGUGAUGUCAAUCAAAGGUU